AUGUAUUCUAAGCGGCUUCUUGCUGCAGCAUUUGCCGUUAAAAGCUGCUUUGCAGCUGUAUCGAAGGCUCGCGAUGAUACUCGGUGCACCGAGACGACAGUAGCCAUUCUUGGCGGUGGUAUGGCCGGAGUUGCUGCAGCACAAGCACUCUCGAACUCAUCGGUGCAUGAUUUUGUAAUCAUUGAGUACCAAGACAAGCUUGGAGGGCGCGUUCAUCAUACAAAUUUUGGUCAAGAUGAGAAUGGCGAUCCUUAUACCGUGGAGCUGGGCGCUAACUGGGUGCAAGGACUGGGAUCGCCCGAGGGACCAGAGAAUCCCAUUUGGACAUUCGUAAAGAAAUGGGGCCUGAAUAACACCUAUUCUAAUUACAGCUCAAUUCGCACAUACAAUGAGACCGGCUAUACCGACUACUCCUCACUCUUCGACAAGUACAAAACCAAGUAUGACACCACCUCAGAUCUGGCUGGAACUAUCCUCAAGGCGAACUAUCAGGAUAUGACAGUCCGCUCUGGCUUUUCAUUAGCCGGAUGGAAGCCCAAGCGAGAUGAUAUGACUGCCCAAGCUGUCGAGUGGUGGGAAUGGGACUGGGAAGAUGCCUCCUCCCCCGAACAGAGCUCGCUGGUUUUCGGUGUUGCCGGCAACAAUUUGACAUUCAAUCAAUUCAGCGAUGAAAACAACUACGUCUGGGACCAGCGCGGCUAUAGCCGAAUCAUCACCGGAGAAGCCUCUAUAUUCCUGAAGAAAGAUGACCCUCGAGUACACUUGAACUCCCGCAUUACGAAGAUCAGUCAUGCCGACGACGGCGUCACCGUUUAUAAGGAUGAUGGUAGUUGCAUAUCAGCAGCAUAUGCCGUCUGUACAUUUUCCCUGGGCGUUCUCCAAAGUGAAACGAUCAACUUUACGCCAGAUCUGCCAGACUGGAAGAAAACCUCAAUUGAGAAAUUCCACAUGGGUACCUACACCAAAAUCUUCCUGCAAUUUAACGAAACCUUCUGGCCCAAGGACACCCAGUUCUUCCUCUACGCAUCUCCAACAACCCGCGGUUACUAUCCCGUUUGGCAAUCACUGUCCACGCCCGGCUUCAUCCCGGGGUCCAACAUCAUUUUCGUAACCGUCGUAGGCGAGCAAGCGUACCGCGCAGAGAGGCAAACAGACGAACAGACCAAAGAAGAAGUCAUGAAGGUCCUACGGGAGAUGUAUCCAAACAUCGACAUUCCUGAGCCCACAGCUUUCAUGUACCCGCGAUGGAGCACUACACCUUGGGCAUACGGCAGUUAUUCAAACUGGCCCGCAGCGACAACCCUAGAGAUGCAUGAGAAUUUCCGCGCGAAUGUCAACCGCCUCUGGUUCGCGGGUGAAGCUACCAGCGCACAAUACUUUGGUUUCCUGCACGGAGCUUGGUUCGAGGGCCGGAACGCCGGAGAGCAGAUUGCGGCUCUGUUGAAUGACGAGUGUGCCAAUAUCACUAGCACGAGCGAAGCUUGCGGUAAUCUCCGCCAUUAUGAGAAGUUGUAUGGAUCCUCGCCAUUGGCGGAUUAUAGUGUCUUUGACGGAUGGCCUGUUAGUAGUUUUUACUCCAGCAGUUAG